UACCUUGCCUAAGACCUAGAGAAAGCCAGUUCUGUCUAUAUAAUUCGCAGGGUUGCUUAUGUAUAUUAUUCGAGGAGGAGGCACAGUUACUUUACAGCACUAUAUGAUGGUCUUAUUUAUCUAUUGGCAAAGAACAUGGAUCGCUAGAUCUCUAUGUUUAUUUCCUAAAUCUGCUAACAAAACUUGUGUAGUUACGGAAACAUCUGCGUGCGGAAUCAAACACACAGUUGACUCAGUGUGUGCAGCCCGACUCGGAUUCAAUUAGGUAGGUAUGAGAUUACAUAAUACAAAUAAUUUAACUAUCUUGAAUUGAAUCAUUCUACAUAUAUAGAAAUUAAGUACGAUGAAAACAGUGACGACACGAAAUUUAAGGCGGAUGUGUUUUAGCGAUGCGAGCAUGAAAAUAUUAUAUUGUUACAGUUAUGAUAUUGAUAAAAUAUUAAUAUAUCGAGUCAUUAUGCUAUCGCACCUGUUUAUAAGCAAAAUUUUCAAAGAUUUCAGUGUCACUUAAUCGGGGGAUUCGACGUAACCGGCAAACAUGGAAUACAACUUCUCCGACAAAGUAGUAUUGGUGACGGGGGCGAGCUCUGGUAUCGGUGAGGCCACGGCUUUGUUGUUUGCCAAGUUUGGGGCACAACUCGCACUCGUCGGCCGAAACGAGAAGAACUUAAAUGCCGUCGCAGACCAGUGUAUGAAGGAGCUUGGAGUGCGCGUCCUGCCGAUUAUAGCUGACCUGGGCACUGACGAGGGCUGCGAGAAGGUUGCAAAAAUGACUUUGGAGCAUUACGGAAGAUUAGAUGUGUUGGUGAACAAUGCCGGCAUCGGUUCCAAAUACGACUUGAUCGAGACGAACAGCAUGGAGAUGUUAGACCGAGUGUUCAGCGUGAACGUGCGUGGCGUGUACAACCUGACGCGGCUCGUGGUGCCGGCGCUCGUCAAGUCCAACGGCAACAUCGUCAACAUCUCCAGCGUCGUCGGCAAGAUGGUCAACGUGGGCAUGCUUACGUAUUCCAUGUCGAAGGCUGCUCUGGAUCAUUUUACACGACUGAUUGCUCUGGAGUUGGGUCCCAAAGGCGUUAGAGUCAACACAGUUAGCCCGGGCAGUACAAUCACCUCCUUUUACCAAAGAUUGACUGAGAUAACAGAAGAAGAAUACAAGAAGCAUCUUGAGGACUGUGAGAGGUGUAUUCCCCUCGGGAAGGUGUGCACGUCGGAAGACAUCGCCAAGACGAUCGUGCACGUCGCGAGCGAGCACAGUUGCCGCGUCACCGGCACCGACAUCGUCGUAGACGGCGGCCUACAGUUCAGCAGCUUCGGGAACAUGCUCAAAGAUGCCUUGAACUAAACGCACUUUUAAUUUGAUGAACCAUUUGUUAUUUUUAUGCUUAUUUUGUAUACUUACUCAUUUAACUUCGUAUAUACACAUAUAUUUCAAAGUAUAUAAAGUAUACUUAACUUGUUCGCGGUCCUAUUUGAACAUCAUAGAUACAUGAAACCUACAAAUUUGUCAUAUAUAUCAACGAAAAUCUAUAAUAUAUACUUAUAUACCUAACGGAGUACCUUAAAUUAAAGCAGUCCCAUUUCAUUGUCAAUGUUUUGAUAUAAAAAUUAAUUGCUGGUCGUUAGUAUUACCGUUUAGAAUAUUUGGUAUUGUUAAGUAAAUAAUAACACUUGUGGUUUUAAAAAGUA